AUGGCGACUGAUAAAGUACCUGCAGCUCUGGGCUCCAUCGAGAACCCGAUCAGGUUUAAGGAUCAGGACUUCAGGCGCCUCCUGGAGGAGAGUCUGGAGUCCGGGGAGCUGUUCUCUGAUCCGGUCUUCCCUGCCGAGCAGGAGUCCAUCGGUUUACCCGAAGACCCGGAUCCAGUGAAGGCGAUCAAGUGGCAGAGACCCAAGGAAAUCAGUGAGAGCGCUGUGUUUGUGGAGGGCACGACUGGGACCACAGAUAUCUGCCAGGGCCAACUGGGCAACUGUUGGCUGCUGGCGGCGCUGUCCUGCCUCACCAUGCACCCCAAGCUCUUUGUGAAGGUGGUGCCACCAAACCAAAGCCUGUCUAAACCCUUUGCCGGGAUCUUCCACUUUACGUUCUGGCAGUAUGGUGAGUGGGUGGAGGUGGUGGUGGAUGACAGGCUGCCAGUGCGUGAAGGCCGUCUGCUCUUCAGCUACUCUCGCACCCGCAACGAGUUCUGGAGCGCCCUGGUGGAGAAGGCCUACGCCAAGUUAAUGGGAUCCUAUGGGAGCCUGAAGGGGGGCAACAUCUCUGAGGGGAUGGAGGAUUUCACAGGAGGGAUCGCGUACUCGGUGGACAUCUCGUCUCGCACCCCCCGUGUCCUCUGGAGGUCUCUGACAGCGGCCCUGUCCAGAGGCAGCCUGCUCAGCUGUUUCAUUCAGGCCCACAGCUACCAGGACAUAGGUAAGGUGACAGACGACGGGCUGAUUAAGGGCCACGCGUACGCCAUCACUGACUCCGACAAGGUGAAAAAUGCCUCGGAUGAGAUUUUGUUGCUGAGGCUGAGGAACCCCUGGGGAUUUGUGGAGUAUCGUGGACCCUGGAGCGACAAGGCUAAAGAGUGGGACGCUGUGGACAAAGCAGAGAAGCAGCGUAUCGAUCUGAAAAAGAGAGAAGAUGGAGAGUUCUGGAUCAGUGCUGAGGACUUCUGCCGCCUCUUCAACAUCGUGGAGCUCUGCAGCUUGAAUCCUGACUCUCUUGACAUGGCAAAUGCACCUGUCUCUCCAUCCCCGCCUGCAUCCCAGGCUUCCUGGACCAUCAGCGAACAUGAAGGAUUCUGGGUACCGGGGAGCUCUGCUGGCGGCAGCCGCAGAUACCACCAGACAUUUUGGAAGAAUCCUCAGUUCCAGUUGAUUCUCAGAGAGCAGGACCAGCCCGAGGAGGAAGAAGAGGAAGAGGAUGAGGAUGAUGAAGAUGACGAGGUGGAGGUGACCCCGGAGGAGAAGAAAAGAGCGGAGAAGCAGAAGCAGAAAGCCAAACAGUGCACGGUGCUGGUGGAGCUGCUGCAGAAGAAUCGCAGGCAGAGGGAUAAAGUCCACUUCCUCUACGUAGCUUUCCACAUCUACAAGGUUCCUGAUGAGCUCCAGGAUGUGUGUCUGGGCCGUGACUUCUUCUUGAAAAAUCGCCCUGUGGGUCGUUCUGGGAAAUAUCAGGCUCAGAGGGGUGUGUGGAGGAAGCUGCAUCUGGACCCUGGUAACUACAUCGUUGUGGGAUCCACUUAUCGACCCAACAAUCUCGGAGAUUUCUUUGUCCGCAUUUUCUCCAAGACUGGAAACACUCUGGGGACUCAGGACUUCACCUGCUCCUCUGGCUUCCUCCCGGUUAUGGCGAGUCCAGUCACCCCGGAGGAUCACAGCAGAGUUAAGAAGACUUUUGAUGAGGAGGCCGGACCUGAUGACAGACUGAACGCGAAGAUGUUCAUGAAAAUGUUGAACUCAGCUCUCGACAGAGAUUACCAUCUGCCCCUGGAGACGUGCAGACAGCUCAUCUUUGGAGAGGACACUAAAGGAAGCUCUCGUCUCAGCCGGGAACAAGCAGAGACCCUGCUGUCCAGUGUGCACAAACUGCAGUCCAUCUUUUUCCAGUUUGAUAUGGACUCUUCUGGGACAAUGAGCCCCUUUGAGCUCACCUCAGCACUGGAAGCUGUCGGAAUGCAGUGUGAUGGAAAGGUAAUUCAGCUGCUGUCUGAGCGCUUUGCGGCCGGAGAGCUUCACAUGCCCUUCCACAAUUUUGUGUCAUGUUUCACCAGACUGCGCAAGCUCUUUGCUCUGUAUGAUUCACAGACCAGUGAGGAGGUGAAAAACAAAGGGAUCAAUGCUUGGCUCCUGCAGUUUGUGAUGCUGUGA